AGUUCAACUUCGCGCAGACGUAGUUAAUGACACCAACAAGAUGGCGAAGAGAGUAUUAUGUUAUACCUGUACGCCAAAGAACUGUACGCCUAACUGACACUUAUUUUGGGGAUUUAUUUUGUACUGGGAAUCGUCGCCAAACUUUAGUAACUAUAAUGGUGGCAUGUAACAAUAAUGGUGGCGAGAUGAAAGUUUUCCACAAGAGUCAGAUGUUUGAAAUGGGAGUAAUGCAAUUAGUUAUAAUCAGCAUGUGUCUUGUCAGCAUAGUUUACGUCGUGAACGGAACAGACUCGUAUAAAGUUAUGAAAACAAAGCUAGGUGCUGGAGAAGGCUGUAUUGACAUCGAUGGGAAUCCCCGAACACACCUGGAAUACUGGAACACUACUGAUACCUGUGACAAAAUCAUCUGCUGGAAUGGAAGAUUAGCCAAUUUUACGAUAACACAACAAUGCCACAGUUUUGAUGCAGGGGAAAAUCCUGACAGUACGAAUUGUUUCGAAGUGGCAGACAUGGCUCAGCCGUUUCCUUCCUGCUGUCCCUCGCUCGUAUGCAAUGCUACAGAUUUUGUUGCCCCGACAGUAGCCACAUGCGGCGACUUGGCUACCGCGUACUCCUGCGACCUCUGGAAGAACCACUUUAGCGCGUGCGUCUUAAGUAGUGCAACAUUUUCAGAAUUGUUUAACUACACGCAACAAUUCUGCCAACAAACCUGCGGACUUUGCUAAUCGAUACAGUUUUAUAUAAUGAAUGCAGAAACAAGAAAGCAAUACCAUGUCCAGGAUCCAAUUAGUCAUUUAUGGUUUG